AUGGGGGGAGCCUCGGCCCACAUCUACAGUGUGCAGCGGCGGUUACCGCGCGACCUGGCUGUUCUCUGUGCUGCCGAUGGGGCCGUGGGCUACGGUGCAAGAGAGAGCAGCCUGAGUGCUGUCCAGCCCCCACCAAUCUGCCUGGAAACGCUUUCCAAGCGGCCCCACCCGUCCGCACACAUCACUGCUGCCUCCUCCGUGCCCUCCCGCUCUCCUGCUGCUGCUGCUCCCCCUGCUGCUGCUGCUCCUCCCCCUGCUGCUGCUGCUGCUGCUGCUGCUGCUGCUGCUGCUGCUGCUGGUGCUGCUAAGAAAGAUCAACACGGGCAGCAUCCGAAAGCAGAGGCGAUUCAAUCGGGAAUCAAGCAGGAGAGGGAAGGAAGCAAGCAGCCGCCGGUGCAACAAGGGGGGCAAGCGAAGCACGCAGAACCCGUGGGGGCAGUGAAGCCAGGCCUGCUAGGGGCUGCGGCGCUAGGCGAGUCAGGAAAUGCGGGCCAGCUAGAUGCAAAGAGAUUGAAGGGCAGUGGGGAGGGGUCAGCUGUGCCUCCUCCACCUCCUGCUGCUGCUGUUCCUGCUGCUGCUGCUGCUACUACCACUGCUCCUGCUGCAGCUGCCAGCAAGCGAGAGGAUAAAGGGGCCAAGCAUUCUAGUGCUGGCGGUGCUUCUGGUGGGGUUGGUGUUGCUGACAAGGGGAAGAAGAAUACUCUCAUGGGCAUGUGGAAGAAAUCAAAACCCCAGGGCGAAGUGAAGGGAGAAGGAGCUGAAAAGGCUCGAGAAGCUAAAGCAGCUGAUGUUAAUGGUAAUGCUGUCCUUGGUGCUGGUAUGGCUGUUGAUGGCGAUGGUGGUGGUGGUCGUCGUGGUGGCGGUGGUGGUGGUGGUGGUGAUGAGGAGGAGGAGGAGGAGGAGGAGGAGGAAGAGGGAGUGGGGUUCUCAAGAGGGGCAGGUGGGCGGUUGGGAAGGCUGGGUGCAAAGAAGAAGCGGCGAUUUGCAGUGGAGGAUGAGGAGGACGAGGAGGUGGAGGAAGAGGGAGGGAGAGAAGAGAUCAGGAAGGAGGGGAAUGAGGUGAAGAUGGAAAAAGAGGAAGCAGAGGCAGUGGGUGUUGGACACAUAGAUAAAGGACAGGGGGAUGUAGAGAAGUUGGAAAAGGAUGUGAAGCCGCAGAGGACGAGUGAGGGGGCUGCUGGGGUGGAUGGAAGCUGUGUUGGAGGGGAUGGCAUUGCUGGUGCUGCUGAUGCUGCGAGGGAGGGGACGGAGGGAGAGGGAGGGGAGGGAGGGGAGGGAGAAGCGCGUGUUAAAGAUGAGGCGAAAGAGGGAAGAGUUGAGGAGGAUGAGAAGCAGGGAGGCAGGUUGGGUGAUGCGCGAGAUGAGGAGCGAGAUGAGGAGCGAGAUGAAGGGCGUAGUGACAAGGAGAGAGAUGAUGAGCGUAGUGACAAGGAGAGAGAUGAUGAGCGUAGUGACAAGGAACUGAGAAGCGGAGGGCGGAAGAGAGGGAAAGAGGAGGGUGCUCCGAUUGAGAUGGGCAAGGAUGGGAAGGGUACAAGCUUGAACAACAGUGGGAAGAACCAGGAGGACGGGAAGGGGGAGAGUGGGAAGAAGGUUAAGAUUGAGCAGGGAGAGGAAGAGGGAGCAGACUUUGGAGCUGAGGAUAUUAGGCUGAUGAAACAGGGGCGGAGAGGAGAUGAGGAGAGGGAUCAAAAGGAGUCGGAAGAGAGAGACGAGGAAGGGAAGGGAGGAGGAGGGGUAGGGGAAGAACCGGAGCAGGCUGCAUUGUUAAGUGAGGCUGGUGGGGGGCAACAGGACGGGCUCAAAAGAGGGAUGGCGUCUGAGGAGGGGAAGGAAGAGAAGGGAGUGAAGGUGAAGCGAGAGCAUGAAGCAGCAGAGGGAGGAGCUUUUGGUGCGGAAUCGAUUCGGCUGAUGAAGAAAGGGCGGCAAGGAAGUGAUGAAAAAGAUCAGGAGCAAAAAAGGCAGCGAAGGCAAGGUGGAUCUCAGAAAAGAAAGAAGGAGGAGCAGGAGGUGGAGGAGGGGGAUGGGGGGGAAAGGGAGGAAAAGGAAAAGCAAGAGGAGAAAGAGGUUAAAGAGGAGGAGAUGAUGGCAGUGGUGGAGUGUGCAGUGAGGCUUACUCCGAAAGCGGCUGGCGGGAUGAAGGGGAGGGGAGGAGGUGGGGAGAGACGGAUGGUGUGGAAGACUGAUAUUGAUGACAGAGGCAGGGAAGUCACACGGCAGGUGCAGGUGGACGAGUUUGGGAACGAAGUGGCAGCAGAUGCCGGCAAUGCAGGGGAGGGGGGAGGGAACGGGGAAGGCGACAUUGAUAGGGAUGGGGCGAUAGGUGCAGGGGAGCCUUGCAACACACCAGAGGAGCCUGUGCUGAAGCAGAGCACCAGCCGCGAGCCGUCCGAUUUGAUUCAACAGCCGGGCGGGGAAGACGCGGGGGAAAGCGGAACGGGGGGAGGCGGAAUGGGGGAGGCGCGGGAGGCGGAGAUGCGGCGGGAGAAGGAGGAAGCGAAUCUGGUGCGGCUGAAUAGACUGGCGGGGGGGAUGCCGGGGAGCGACGUGCGCGGAUGGAUCCUCUCCCCCAUGCACAUGGCCGCGGCGCACGGGCUGGGGGGUGCCAAGUCAUGUGUUGCAUGUGCCAAGUCAUGUGUGGACGUGCAUGUCGGCACGAUAGGCCCGGGGAAGGUGCGAGGAAACCACCGCCACCACACUAAGAGCGACUAUGCAGAGGUGAACUUUUCCCUGACUCCCCCUCCACACCCCACCCCUCCUCCCCCGCCCACCUCCCCGCCCUCUCCCCCACUGCAGAUCGAGAAUCCUUCGCUGCCAGCUGGCUAUGCCGAGGUGAUGCUGGAUGCUGCUGACGUGGCGGUCUUCACAGGGCCAGCUGGCAGGGCGCACGCGCUGGAGAAUGUGGACAAGCAAGGCCGUACACUGAUUUUGUCCGCAUGUGCGGAUACGGAGUGGGACCCCGCCCAUCCCGACACGGACUAUCACAUUUGGAAGGACAUGUGA